AGGGGCAGAAGGGUGUGUUUCCUCUCACUGCAGCAUCCCAGCAGCCCUCAGCCAGCGCAUGGGAUGAGCAGAGAGAAAGAGAAAGAGAGACAGACGGAGAACAAGGCGUGUCACCCUGCCAACAGAGAAGAGCCCAAAACCCUAAACCUUUACGCUGUCUGUGAAGAAGCAUCAGAAGCGUGCAGAGUCACACGUGAGCCGUCUCUUGCUCCGGUGGAGGCUGUCUGGACCCAGCUGUGUUUGCAUGCGGUGGCUGCUGGUUUGAUGCAGAAUGCCUCUAGUUCAGUGUAAGCCGGCAUGCAGAAGAGGGAGCAACAGGACACAUCUUCAUCUGCUGCUCCUCCUCCUCAAUGUGCUACAAACACAUGGAUACAUUAUAAUACCUCCUGAUUACACAUAUAACAACCUAAAACAAGCUCCAACGAUCACAGUUCAGCCCGUGUCUCACACUGCUUUCUCUCUGGAUGAUGUCAUUCUGGCCUGUGAAGCCAGUGGAGACCCGGCACCCAGCUUCCGCUGGGUCAAAGAUGGCAAAGAGUUUAAGAGGGAACUGUUUGAGUCUGGGACCCUGACAGCAGAAGAUAAAGAGGAGCUCCGAUCCUAUCAGGGCUCGUACCGCUGCUACGUGGCCAAUGAGCUGGGAACCGCCGUCUCAGACCUGGCGCAGCUGAUCACAGAGCCCAUCCCAACCUUGGCCAAAGAGAAGAGGCAGAAAACAAGAUCGUUUGAGGAGGGAGACAGCGCAGUCCUCUACUGUAACCCUCCCAAGAGCUCUGUCACUCCCAAAAUACACUGGAUGGACAUGCAGCUGCGCCACAUCCCUCUGAAUGAGCGGGUGACCACUAGUCUUGAUGGAAAUCUUUACUUUGCCAACUUACUAGUCAAUGACAGCAGAGAAGACUACACCUGCAAUGCCCACUACAUCAACGCCAGCGUCAUCCUCCCUAAAGAGCGCAUCUCCAUCAGCGUCACACCCUCUAAUUCUGUGUUGAAGAACCGGCGUCCCCAGCUGCAGAAGCCAGCGGGAUCCCACAGCUCUUACCUGGUGCUCAGGGGUCAAACGCUGACUCUAGAGUGCAUCCCAGAAGGCCUCCCCACUCCAGAGGUGCAGUGGGAACGGAUGGACAGUCCUCUGUCUCCGGCGCGGGUCCGGAUGCUCAAAUACAAGCGCUGGCUCCAGAUCGAGAGCGUGUCGGAGGCAGAUGAUGGCGAGUACACAUGCACUGCCCAAAACAGCCAGGGCUCUGUUAAACACCACUACGCUGUGACGGUAGAGGCUGCUCCGUACUGGACCAGGCGUCCCGAGAACCACCUGUACGCCCCAGGAGAGACUGUGAGGCUGGACUGUCAGGCUGAGGGGAUUCCCACCCCAAACAUCACAUGGAGCAUCAACGGCGCUCCCAUCGCAGGGACAGACCCGGACCCGAGACGGCAUGUGAGCUCAGGGACACUGAUCCUGACUGACGUUCAGUACAGCGAUACGGCGGUCUAUCAGUGCGAGGCCACCAAUAAACACGGCAAUAUCCUGAUCAACACACAUGUCCAUGUAGUUGAGCUGCCUCCUCAGAUCCUGACAGAAGACGAUCUCAAGUACGAGGCCACAGAAGGGCAAACGGUUCUGCUGCAGUGCCGCACGUUUGGCUCCCCACAACCCAAAGUCGACUGGCAGAUUACCAACUCUGGUCCAGCUCUGGCCAAUGCUAAAAUGUCUCAGACGAGCGAUGGAAAUCUUCAGAUCAGUGACGUGAGUGAAGAGGACAGCAGCAUGUACACGUGCUCAGUGAGACACAGCAACAGGAGCAUCAGUGCUGAGCUGGUGGUCUUGAACAGAACUAAGAUUGUGGACCCUCCUCAGGACCUGCGGGUUUUACGAGGAGAUGAUGCUGUUUUGCAGUGCAGAUUUACAGUGGACCACAUGUUAAAACAACCCACAAUUCAGUGGAAGAAGGACAAACACAAGAUCACAUCAUCUGCUAAUGAUGACAAAUACACUGAAUCCCCCGAUGGUUCUCUGAAGAUCACUGAUGUUCAGAUGGAGGACUCAGGAAUCUACAGCUGUGAGAUCAGCACUAAACUGGACUCGGUCAGCGCUACCGGCUCCAUCGUUGUUCUGGAUAAGCCCGGUUCUCCUCACUCUCUGGAGCUGUCUGAAAAGAAGGAACGUAGUGUCACGUUGUCCUGGAUGCCAGGCGCUGAAAACAACAGUCCUAUAUCUGAGUAUGUUAUUGAGAGGAAAGAGAAGCAGAAUCCAGGAAAGGGCCACUGGGAGGAGUACAGAAGAGUUCCUCAAGACAUCACACACCUGGAGAUCCACCUGCAGCCAUACAGCACUUAUCACUUCCGGGUCAGAGGGGUCAAUGGCAUAGGAAUGAGUGAGCCCAGUCCUCCCUCAGAGUCAUACAGCACGCCUGCAGCCAAACCUGACAUGAAUCCAGAGAAUGUGACAUCAGUGUCGACUGAUUCGAACAGUCUGAUCAUCACAUGGCAGGAACUGGAGCAACGACAAUUUAAUGGGCCAGGUUUUAAGUACAAGAUCUACUGGCGUCAAGAAGGGGAUUCACAUUGGAUGGAAAGCAGUGCCUCAAAUCCUCCAUUCAUUGUGGAGGGCACCGGGACCUUCAUCCCCUUCCAGAUUAAAGUUCAGGCAGUCAAUGAGCUUGGUGCAGGACCAGAACCAGAUGCUGAGAUCGGUUACUCAGGGGAAGACUUACCUCUGGAAGCUCCUUCAAGUGUCGCAGUGUCUGAGCUGAACAAAACCACUGUCCUGGUCAAAUGGAGUCCAGUCAGCACCAAAUCUGUCCGUGGACACUUACUUGGCUACAAGAUCCAUGUGAGAAAGAAAGGCCCCAGAACUCACAGCCAAAGAGGCCUGCCGAUGCAAGAACCAGCAGCAGAACGGAACAGAGUGAUUGUGGCUAAUGGAAAUAAGGAGGAGAUGGUCGUGAGCGAUUUGCAUUUUCACUCGAACUAUACACUGACAGUUGCACCUUUCAACAGCAAAGGUGAAGGUCCGCAUUCGAAGGCGUAUCACUUUAGCACUCCAGAGGGCGCUCCUGGACCACUUUCAUUCUUGACCUUCGAAAGCCCAUCUGAGACGGAGAUAACCCUGCGCUGGGGAGCUCCAGACAAACCCAACGGAGUGCUCACAGGAUACCUGCUCCAGUACUAUGAACCUGUGCCUGGAAGUUCGAGCACACAGCAGAUGGAGUCCCUCAACCUGCCCCUUGAUACUGAGUACACUCUGAAGGAUCUGAAUCCUCAGAUCCAAUACCACUUCAGUCUCAGAGCACUCACUGCCGCUGGUGAUGGGGAGCCUGUAGAAAUGGAGGGUGCCACCAUGUUGGAUGGAGAACCACCAUCUGUAAUCAACAUCACAGCUGGACAAACAUCGGUUAACAUCAGUUGGGUGCCAGGAGAAAGACGGCGUAGCUUUGCCUUUAGCUUCCGUUACCUGAAAAAAAGUGCGGAUGGUAAAUGGAAAGAGUCCGAAAAGGUCAACUCAUCACAGGCGUUCUAUCAGCUGCACGGUCUGACUCCGGGCUUUCAGUACAAACUAGAAAUCCUGCCCGGAAACUUCACCCGGGAAUUCGAAACUGCUGGACCAGAGCUGCAUGAGUUGCCCAGCAGCUUUGUAACUCAGGGCUGGUUCAUCGGACUCAUCAGCGCCUUGGUUCUGCUUCUGCUGGUGCUGCUCAUUCUGUGCUACAUCAAGAAGAGCAAGGGAGGAAAGUAUUCAGUGAAAGAUAAAGAGGAGGAUCAGGUCAAUGGGGCCCGUACAAUGAAAGAUGGAGAGUUUGGAGAGUACAA